AUGUCUUCUGAGCGUUUCGAGCUGCGCACGAAACCCCUGGGCUGUAAAGUCAGCACCGUAACGGCACUCACUGCAGUCAUAAGCGUACUUUCGACACUUUUGCUUGUGGGGAUAAUCUUCGCCGUCGUGAGAUACCACGCCUCGGUGGGCUCUUUAUGGCGACGUAUUUGGCGCCGGAAUAGUGGGGAAGAGGAGAAUGGUGAGGCGAAUGAAAAUACACGACUUUUGUAUUCAACCAGGAGGGCUGCGGCGGGGAUAGGGAGGAAUUGGAGCUUUUGGGUUUACAAUACGACGCCGGCCACUGAGGGUGGAGGGGAGGGGCCAGGUCCGGGGACGUUGGAAAGGAGUGAUACGACGGGCGACGAAGGAGAAGCAGUGGGAGGAAGGGAGUUUGAACAGAGAAGGGAGCGGAUCUUGCACAGAAAUGCAGAAGUUUAG